AUGUAUACUGCAACAUUAUCACCAGACAUUCCGGAAGCUUAUAAAUUGCUAUCAUGGGAAAAUGGUCGUGGACGCCUUGAAAAUCUGGAACAGAAGCUGCGGAUGAGACAUAAACAUAUGAUAACACAAGUUGCUCAGAUAUAUCCUGUGAGGCCUUUGGAUGAAUUGUCUCCAGAACACAAGCCCGGGUUAGCCUCCAAUAACAUCAGAAACAACUACAAUGUUGUGCAAAGCUUGACAAAUGACUCCCAAAAUAGACCUUUGGCCAUAUUGGGUCUACAGUUAUCAAAGCUUUCUAUGAAAAAGACCGGCUACUUUAGUGACAAGACGGAGUUUCAGAAAUCUGCUACUGUUCUAGGAUAUGCUGCACAUGCAGUCUCUCUCAUUGCAUCAUAUCUCAAUGUUCCUCUUCGAUAUCCUCUGCGCUUUGGAGGUUCAUGGUCAUAUGUUUUGGAUCAUGCGCCUUCAGUUGAGGCAUCAUCUAUAACCAUAGUAGUAAGUUUUAUCCCUCUAAACACAAGCAUGAGGACAAUGGAAUUCCCUCUGUUUUUUAAUGGCCAGGUGACAACAAGAUCAACAUAUGCAAUAUUCUUAUUGAACAAGGUUGGUCUCCUUGCUAUUUGGAAUCUGGAUGAUGUAAAAUGA